AUGGACUCCAGCGCGGGGGAAUAUGGCAUGGCUCGUCUUGGAUUGUUUUUGGUUUUGAUGGGGAUGUGGAGAUUUAGCGAUGCCUGCCCCGCAUCCUGCACUUGCAGCAUCUCAAGGAUUGUUUGUAUUGAUUCUGUACCAGGGAUCGAGGAUUUCCCUGUCCUCACGUUAGAUGACAUGGAAAACAUCACCGAGAUCUACAUUGCUAAUCAAAACAGACUGUUUGACAUCAAUGACAACAGUCUGAGGCACUACAUAAACCUCAGAAACCUAACAGUGAUGAAGACAAGAUUGACGUCGAUAUCAUCAGAUGCAUUUUUCAACAACACAAGGCUUCAAUAUGUAAAUCUCAGAGACAACAACCUAUCCAUGCUGUCAUGGAGAACAUUUCAGAACUUUAACUCCUCUUACCCGCUCCUCCUGGCCGGAAACCCUCUGGAUUGUGUUUGUGAGAACUUGUGGAUCAAACUGAGGAUCCUAGAAGAAGCUGACGGUCAAGACCUGAAAUGCAUAGACGACAGAGGGGAGUCGCAGGCCUUCACCACGCUCACGCCACCAGACUGUGUGGUUCCCAAAGUAGAGGUCACCCCAAAAACCGUGACAGAGAUGCAGGGGGGUGGUGUGAAAGCUGUGUGCAGCGCCUCAGGCUCCCCUCCUCCCGAGAUCCUGUGGAACCUUGAUAUGCUCUCGACCCACCACGAGAUUGAUCCCUCGGACAUGGAGAGCAGCCUCACCUUGUCAGACCUGUCCCCGGAUGAUAACGGCAGGGUGAUCAUAUGCAGCGCUGAGAACAUGGUCGGUCAGACGGAGGCCACCCUCCAGCUCAAUAUUCUCUUUGCCCCCACCAUCCAGCAGCUGCUGGGGCCGGAGCGGGACCACCACUGGUGCAUCCCCUUCAGCGUGACGGGAAACCCCAAGCCGGAGCUGCAGUGGUACCACAAGAACAAGCCGCUCCUGGAGCAGGACUACAUCCGCACCAUGAUCCACCUGUCCACGGAGAGCGAGUACCACGGCUGCCUGCAGCUGGUCAACCCCACGCACAUCCACAACGGUGUGUACAGGCUGGUGGCAAAGAACAAGUACGGCCGGGACGAGAAGAAGGUCUCAGCCCAGUUCAUCGACCCGCCCGACAUCGACCACACAGACUCACCACUACCGCCUCUGGAUGACAGCGUUGCAGUGUAUGUAGUUGUGGGAAUCGCAGGAGUUGCCUUGACUGGCUGCGUUCUGAUGGUCAUCAUUCUGAAAUAUGGCAGAAACUCAAAGUUUGGUAUUAAAGGCUCCUCCUCAGUCAUCAGUAAUGACGAUGACUCUGCCAGCCCUCUUCAUCACGUCUCCAAUGGCAACAACACCCCGUCGUCCUCGGAGAUGGGUCCAGACGCAGUGAUCAUUGGGAUGACAAAGAUUCCUGUCAUUGAGAACCCACAGUACUUCCGCAACUCCGGCAGCAUGCUGAAAUCUGACACGUUUGUCCAGCACAUCAAGAGACACAACAUCGUGCUGAAGCGGGAGCUGGGAGAGGGAGCCUUUGGGAAGGUGUUUCUGGCUGAGUGCUACAACCUGACACCGGACCAGGAGAAGCUCCAUGUGGCAGUCAAGACCCUGAAAGAGGCCAACGAGAGCGGCCGGGCGGACUUCUACAGAGAGGCUGAGCUCCUCACCAACCUGCAACACGAACACAUCGUCACCUUCUACGGGGUGUGUGUGGAGAGCGACCCGCUAAUCAUGGUGUUUGAAUAUAUGAAACACGGUGACCUUAACAAGUUCCUCAGGUCCCACGGCCCUGAUGCAGUGCUAAUGGCAGACGGUCAACACAGUAUCCUGGUGGAGCUCACCCAGUCCCAGAUGCUGCACAUUGCCCAACAGAUUGCUGCUGGCAUGGUCUACCUGGCCUCCCAGCACUUUGUGCACAGAGACUUGGCAACCAGGAACUGCCUGGUAGGAGAAAACCUGCUGGUCAAGAUAGGAGACUUUGGCAUGUCCAGAGACGUUUACAGCACAGACUACUACAGAGUGGGCGGUCAUACGAUGCUGCCAAUCCGCUGGAUGCCCCCGGAGAGCAUCAUGUACCGGCGGUUCACCACAGAGAGUGACGUCUGGAGCCUCGGCGUGGUGCUGUGGGAGAUCUUCACCUACGGCAAGCAGCCCUGGUACCAGCUCUCCAACAAUGAGGUGAUCGAGUGCAUCACGCAGGGCCGCGUGCUGCAGCGGCCCCGAACCUGUCCUAAAGAGGUGUACGACCUGAUGCUGGGCUGCUGGCAGAGGGAGCCUUACAUGAGGCUGAACAUCAAGGAGAUCCACAGCAUGCUCCAGAGCCUCGCCAAGGCCUCCCCGGUGUACCUGGACAUACUGGGCUGACGCACCGCCGGUCCUGUAUGUACUCUGAACGCGUGUGUGUGAGCUGGGUGUGUGGACACGUGGCGGCGUGUGUUUGCGUGCGCGUGAAGGGACGGAGGGGAGAGGAGAGUGUGCGAGCGCCUGUG